GCUCCGUUUUCCGGUUUCCAGGUAGGCUACUAGCCUACUAGGCUUGUAAUUUGGCGGGUGCAGGUUUGCUCUUUCACCAGCCUCCCUCCCGCCAUUCCUCUGAUCCCCAAAAACAGAAUGGAAAAUUUGAGAAGAUUGGUGGGUGAAAUAGCUCAGACCAGACGCCAAGACCUCCCCAAACUCUCCCCGCUUCAACGCUCUUUCAUUCCCUUACUAUCUUUCUCCUCCAUUAUCUACGGCUUCGCCCUCUUCGUGCGUCACCAACUCUACUACUUCGGGUUCUUUCACAGACACAGGCUGCCCGUGCCGGUGAUUAGCGUUGGGAAUCUUACUUGGGGAGGAAAUGGAAAGACACCAAUGGUCGAAUUUAUCGCUCACUGGUUUAUUAAAUCCGGAGUUUCCCCUCUCAUUCUUACCAGGGGUUAUGCUGGUGGGGAUGAAGCUAAGAUGCUCCAACGGCAUCUCAUUGGAACACCUGCAAAGAUUGGUGUAGGUGCAAAUCGGAUUGCAAUUGCAGCUUGCUUUUUCGGCAGAUACGGUUACUUGGAUUCCCGUAGUAGAAAGGAAUGCUUCGAUAGACUUCAUACCGACCUAAAUGUGGAAAUGAGGUCCAAUACAGAUAAAAUUGGCGCUGUGAUCCUGGAUGAUGGACUGCAGCAUUGGCGCUUACAUCGGGACCUAGAGAUUUUAAUGGUAAACGGGAUGAUGCCGUGGGGAAACGGUCAAUUACUUCCACUGGGACCUUUAAGGGAACCAUUGAGUGCGCUUAGUCGAGCAGAUGUUGCCGUUAUCCAUAAUGCUGAAAUGGUACCUAGUAGGGAACUCAAAGACAUUGAGUUAAUGAUACGAGAAGUCAAGAAGAAUCUUCCUAUUUUCCUUACUAAAUUGGCCCCCUCAUAUUUCUUUGAAGUCAAGAACUACUGUUCUAAAUUGCCAUUAACGGUGGUGUCUCAUAUGGCUGUUUUUUGUGUCUCUGCCAUUGGUUUUGCAAGUGCCUUUGUACAGGAAAUCGAGAAGAUGGGACCUUUGUAUGUUGAUCGGCUAGGCUUCAGUGAUCAUCAUUGGUUUCAAUAUAAGGACAUCGUGAUGAUGAAACAGAGACUUAGAAAACUUCAGGAUGAAUUUGGUGCCAUGCCAAUUGUUGUGGUGACAGAAAAGGAUUAUGAUCGAGACCCAUUAAUUCUAAGACUUAUGGAUCCUUACAAGGUUCUGGUACUCUGCUGCCAAUUGCAAAUUGUGCCUUCUGGAGGGCACACGGAGAAGUGCUUCAACAAGUUGCUUAAACAGUUUAUGGAGGUCAACUUUUCAUGAGGCAGAAGUGAAAAUAUGAUCUGGAAUGGAGCUUCUAAUAAGGGGGAGAGUGGAUCUUUCAGAUUUUGUGGAAUGAAGAAGUGCCUUAAUCAGUUAAUUGUAAGUAGAGUACAAGAAUGAACAAUUCGGAUGAUUCAAAAGCCAUUUCAGUGGUUUGUGUAUAGUGCUUUUUCUCUCGAUUAAAACUAUUUUUGUAAACAGCAAUACAAAUCAAUCCUAACUUGUUUUAUUCACAGCU